AUUGUAUAACAAUUUUGUAAUCCGCAAUACAUUUUUAAAACCCAAACAUAUUUUUUAAUAAAAAUCUAUUUUAAUUUUAACAAUAAUUUAACGAAAUUAAAAAAAGUAUUUAAAUCCACUGAUAAAGCAACUCUAAGAAUCGUUAUCAACAUGGAUAAUUUAGCGAAAAAGAACUUUCUGGAAGUUUAUCUGUCAAAGCAAAAGGAGUUGGGCAAACGUCAACGGGAGUACAAGAAAAUCCUAUCGACGAAAUUGAAAACCCGCAAAGAGACCAUAAUUGAAGCAAGUUAUCAGAAUGCCAUCGAACAACUCAGAAUGGAAAAGGAUGAUUUGCGUGCUCAGAUAUGGGUGGCCAAUGGCGUGACACAUACACGAGACAAUAAACGUUCGCUCAAGAAUAUCAAGUGUCAUGUACAGUGUCAGGAGGCAUUGGGUGAUGAUACGCGAAAACUCAAAGUUGCCAUAGCUAAUUUAGAGCGUGAAAUCAGUCGAGUAAAUAAACAGGUGUAUGAUCUUAAUCGUAAAACAGUGCCCGAAACCCAGCAUCAGGCUUAUGUGGCUAAAGCCCGCAAGAAAAUGAUGAUUUUGGAAAACCAAUUGGAGGUGGGAGUGAGGCGUGAAUGCGGCUUUGCUGCUGCAAAUGCUCAGUUGAGGGAAGAACUCAUACAAAUACUCAAUCAUCGAACAUUCUUCAAUGAUUCCUAUACCAAAUUAGUGCAGAAACUCAACAGUGAUAAGAAAUAUUUAAUCGAUUUGAUUGAAUAUGCUUUGGGUACUUUUGAUAAUUGUAUCGAUAUUUAUGAAAAAAUCGAUAACAUUAUGAAGAGAGAAACCAAGGAGCGCGAUGUGCGUAAAGUGGAAAUGCAGGGCAUUAUGCGUAAAAUAGCAGCAGAUGCUGAUACCACUGAGUUCAUGGACACCAAAGGAAAAGCCAGAGCGCUAGCGGAUUUGCAGCCCAAAGAGUACGCUCGUCGAGAUAAAUUCCGACGUGAGCAUGCAAAGAAAAUUAAUUUAUAUAAUAAAAUACUGGAGAAGAUACAAGCCUAUACACAAACCCAAAAUGUCGAAAAGGUCAUUGAGAAAUUUCAACAACAAGAGAGUCUUUACUACUCCUACUUUAACUAUGCCAAUGAGCUAAGUUAUCACAUGACCCUGCUCACCAACUCGGUUAAUCGUUUGUACAGCGAUAUAGAUUCUUUAAGGAAAUCUAAUUUGCAGUCUUUACAAGAUCAAACCGACACCAUAGAACGUUUGGAACAAACUCUUGCCGAAAAACAAAAGAAAAACGAGGAAUUGCAAAAGGUGCGCGAAGCCAAUGAUCAACGCUUGGAGAACCUGUUGCAAGGCAUCGAAAACUUGUUUCAAAUGUGUCACAGCGAUGCUUCGCCUCUUAUGGUACUACUCGGCAAUCAUAACCACGUUGAUCUGGUCAAUGUUCGCCGUUUCCUAAAGAUCCUUGAACGUCGUGUUUUCGAUAUUACCGCUAGUGUUUAUGUUUUGGAGCGGAAAGAUGAUAGUAAAGCUUUUGGGGACUAUAUUGUUAAACAAAUCGAGAAAAUCUGUGAUUGGCCCACCGAUAUUAAUGAGAUCGUUUUGACGCAACAAUGUCCCGAGUGUGCUGAAGGUGAGGCCUUCAACAUGGAUGAUGCUGGUGAUGGUGGUGUUGUUGUUCAUACAGUGGAAGAGGCUAAAAAGAAAUUACAUGAGAAGGUGAAUCAACCAGAAAUGCAGUAUCGUUUGCACAGCAUUAGCCAGUGUCGUUUGCCACGUUCAAGAGUGUUGGCAGCCAAAAAAUUUGCUUAAGGAGGAAAAACGGGUAUUUGGAAAUGUGCAAAAAUGUUUUUGAUUUUUAACUAUAUUUUGUAUU